AUGAACGUCUCUGUAGGCAUUACGACGGUGGAGAAGAGCAACCACCCGACGCCUCCCUGCGGGCGCAUUCGUUGGACUUUGCAGUCCAAGUGCGAUAACUGUCUCGACAGCAAGAUCAGUGGAUGCUCGGGCAACGGCAUCGGCGCGUGCAGACAAUGCACGCGCACGUCCGCGGGGAACUCCUGCACCACCUACGGCAUCCGCGGCGACUGUGCGCUCAUUCCGGAAGAAGACUUCGAGAUCGCGCCCGGCUGCAAGAGCCUCCUCUCGUCGCCCUUCCCCCACAUCCGUUCCUACUCCGCAUACGCGAAGUGGGACCGCAAGCAUGCACGCACGCUGGCCGUCGCCGUCGUCUUUUACGCCGGCCCCGACGAAGAAUACAAGACGAUGCUCGGUUCCAAAAAGAUAUGGUGGGUUGCGAUGCCCCGCCCACACGAACAACAUGAAUGGUUCCUCCGCAUCCGCGAGGAUCGUAAGUCGUACCGCACCAUUCGAAAAGGCGUCAAAGUCUUGCACACCCCCACUCGUGCUCGCAAGUCCGCGUUUUCUUCCACGCCCACGCCCACGCCCACCCGCUCCUCCACCGCGACUGUGACCACGACCGCCGCGACCGGCUCCACCGCCGCGACCACCUCUCCACGCAAGCGCAAGCACGACAACAACGGCGGCGCCGGCGCCACGCGCCCCCCGCAAGACCCACAGGCUGUCCGCGAUGCACCGCGGUGUCGUUACCGACGUCCCCGAUCAGCCCGCCCCAGAGGACUCAGCGCUCCUGCUGUCCCUCCAGCAUGCGCGUUCCGACGUGGGUGCCUCGGACGAGCCCAGCGCCACGAGUCUUACGCCCACCUCUCACGACAAGAUUGGUACACCAGUACAUGGUGGCAAGAGUCUGAACACGAAACCAGCUCUGUGGCCGACCAGGCUAAGGCCAUGAAUCCUGCCCACACCCUGGUCUGCUUCAAACCAGGCUGCCUCACACCACCUUGCGCGGGUGCAGACCAUGCCCCCAACAGGAUUCUGUCCGGUAAGACAAAGAACGUGACCGUGACAGGUACCAUGGCAGUACCGUGUCCCAGGUCCUACUCGGGCACCGAAUAUCCGGCAUUUCUUGUCGUGUCUGUGCUCGACCGCCUUCGCCAAUUGCUCGGCGCCCAUGAGGUCGGCGCCACGGGUGUGGUGCACGUCUCUACUCUAGACAGCCUGAGCCACUGGAUUCACGAUAACGUGGACCCUCUUUUUGUGCGAUAUGGAGUGAUAAGUUCACCUCUUAAGGUCCUUUACAGCACGAGUGCAGAUGUCCGCACGUUCGAGCACUUAGUGGCAAACUCUAAAUCGCACCAGGGCACCUAA